AUGGGGGCGCGCGGAUGCCUGGCCCUGCUGCCCCGGCUCUGCUGGCUCCUGCUCCCGUUGGGCCUCCCGGCCCUAUGCGCCCCCCCACGCCUCAUCUGUGACAGCCGCGUCCUGGAGCGCUACAUUCUGGAGGCCAGGGAGGCUGAGAAUGCUACGAUGGACUGUGCUGCAGGCUGCAGCUUCGGGGAAAACAUCACAGUGCCGGACACCAAGGUCAACUUUCACGACUGGAAGAAGGUGGAGGCCGGGCCCCACGCUGUAGAGGUCUGGCAGGGCCUGUCCUUGCUAUCGGAAGCCAUGCUGCGCGGCCAGGCCCUGCUGGCCAACUCCUCCCAGCCGCCGCAUACCCUGCAGCUGCACGUGGACAAAGCUGUCAGUGGCUUACGCAGCCUUACCUCCCUGCUCCGGGCGCUGGGAGUGCAGAAGGAAGCCAGCUCCACUCCAGAGGCAGCCCCUUCGGCUGCUCCACUCCCAACGGUCGCUGUGGAUACUCUGUGCAAGCUCUUCCGCAUCUACUCCAACUUCCUCCGGGGAAAGCUGAAGCUGUACACAGGGCAGAUCUGCCGGAGAGGGGACAGGUGA